CCGAGCCUGCCCGUCUCCUCCGGAACUGAACAGCUACAGGAGGUCCUGGAGGUCCGUGCCCAUGGCCGCUUCUCUGCUCGCCCGUGGCCCUCUCCGUAGAGCUCUCCAUGCUCGGGACUGGCGGAGGUUACACACCGUUUACCAGUCUGCGGAACUGCCCGAGACACAUCAGAUGCUGCGCCAGACAUGCCGUGACUUUGCUGAGAAGGAGCUGGUCCCCAUUGCAGCCCAGCUGGACAAGGAGCACCUCUUCCCCAAAGCUCAGGUGAAGAAGAUGGGUGAGCUCGGGCUGCUGGCUAUGGACGUGCCGGAGGAGUUGAGUGGCGCGGGCCUGGACUACCUGGCCUACUCCAUCGCCCUGGAGGAGAUCAGCCGAGCCUGCGCCUCCACCGGAGUAAUCAUGAGCGUCAACAACUCUCUCUACUUGGGGCCCAUCCUGAAGUUUGGAUCCCCAGAGCAGAAACGGCAGUGGAUAACCCCUUUCACCAACGGUGGCAAAAUCGGUUGUUUUGCCCUCAGUGAACCAGGGAACGGCAGCGACGCCGGAGCCGCCUCCACCACAGCCCGAGAAGAGGGUGACUCAUGGGUCCUCAACGGCACCAAGGCCUGGAUCACCAACUCCUGGGAGGCUUCCGCCACUGUGGUGUUUGCCAGCACAGACAGGUCCCGGCAGAACAAGGGUAUCAGCGCCUUCCUGGUUCCCAUGCCGACUCCUGGGCUCACGCUGGGCAAGAAGGAGGACAAGCUGGGCAUCCGGGCCUCAUCCACAGCUAACCUCAUCUUCGAGGACUGUCGCAUCCCCAAGGAGAACCUGCUAGGGGAGCCAGGGAUGGGCUUCAAAAUAGCCAUGCAAACCCUGGACAUGGGCCGCAUUGGCAUUGCUUCCCAAGCCCUGGGCAUUGCCCAGGCCUCCCUGGAUUGUGCUGUGAAAUACGCCGAGAACCGCAGCGCCUUUGGGGCACCCCUUACCAAGCUCCAAAACAUCCAGUUCAAGCUGGCAGACAUGGCCCUGGCCCUGGAGAGUGCCCGCCUGCUGACCUGGAGAGCUGCUAUGCUGAAGGACAAUAAGAAGCCUUUCACCAAGGAGUCGGCCAUGGCCAAGCUGGCUGCAUCAGAAGCCGCAACCGCCAUUAGCCACCAGGCCAUCCAGAUCCUGGGCGGCAUGGGGUACGUGACUGAGAUGCCCGCUGAGCGCUACUACCGAGACGCCCGCAUCACCGAGAUCUAUGAAGGCACCAGCGAGAUCCAGAGGCUGGUGAUUGCGGGGCAUGUGCUCCGGAGCUACCGGAGCUGAGCCCUCCCGGGGCUGGCUUGCCUGUGGACUGAGGCAGAGGGCAGAGCCGUGCCUUCGCUGUGAAAACUGAGGGACGUCUGUCUCGGGGACAGGGAAGGCCAGCUGCUGUGACCUGCGACCGAGAAGUUAGUCGGCAGCUCAGAGCUGAGCGUGGCUACCUCUGUACAACCCACAACAGUGCCUCUGUCUUUAUUCGGGCAGCCUGCUGCGGGCAGGGCCACGGAAGGCCAUACACCCUGGCAGUCCCCAGUGCUAUUCCCAUGAGCCCUGCAACCCAGUGGCAAGAACCCAAGGGACAGGGCAGAGGUCAGGGGGAGGAGGGGUGGCUCAAAUGGUGGCAGGAGUUCCAGCGUUGAGUCCCUGGGUCCGCUUGGAAAGGCGGGGGCUGGGUCAUGGGGCCCUGGCUAGAGGUCAAGUGCAUGCAGGUGUGUUGUUCGGGCACCUGUAGAACUGCCUGCGGCCAAUAAAGCGCACCUGCACCCUGA